GAAAUAUCCAACUGUUUAUCCAAGCAUACACGAACAAUGAUAAAGGCGUUCUGUUGAAAUUCCAAAACAGCCCGGAACUUUGACAUGCUCUGGAUCACGUGCCGCAAGUGUCAAUAUCCCAAGAACACUUGGACAUGGACAAUCGCCAUUGUUCAACAUUGUUCCAGAAGAUCUAGAGCAAUGAUAACCCCCAUUAAUAAUUAUCCCAGAAUAGGUUAGAACAUUGGCCCUACUCCCUUUAAAUUCACCUCCGGCUCACCUCCGCUAACCGAGACAAAACACCCCCCCUAUUCACCGCCCCAGACCACCCACCGUCCCCAAAACCUCAAAAUUUUGCUCGCCGCUUUCACAAACCGUCAUCUGGACCCGGCGAAUGCUUCUUUCAGCCACCGACACCAUCUACAACUUCGCACCUCGCACGUCAUGACUCGCAAAUCCAAAAGAAAAUUCGUCCCCCUUGAUCUGUCCUCUGAACAACCACCACCCACCAGGACGAUGACCCAACCGCCUCCUCUCCCGGACCAGCCAACCUUGGCACGUACGAUGGCGCAAGCACAGCCCCCAGCAGGCACGAGCCAGAGCUGGACGUCCCCGGCAGCCCUGCAAUCGCAGAGGUUCCAGCGCGUGCAGAACAACGCGAGCCAUCUCGGGUUCGCGCAGAGCCCGUUCUUCCCGAAGAUGGCGCAGGAGUGGGCCAAGCAUCAGGCGGAGUAUGCGCAGGAGAGGAUGGGGGAGGAGAAGGAGAAGUUGAGGAGCAGGAUUGAGGAGAGGGAGGUGAGGCGGAAGGGCGAGGGGGAUAGGGCUGAGGAUCGAGCUGUGCUGGAGCGUGAGGUGCAGAGACUCAAAGGAUUCGUUCAUAGAGGUGAUGUCACGGAGCGAUUGCAGGGCUUGGAGAUCGAGGGUAGGGAGGAGGAAGGCGGUGUUAGUUUGCACGGCGAGGAAGAGGAGCAAGGAGAGGACCGGGAAGAGCAACUCGCUGAAGCGCGUGCUGGCAAGGCCAAGGAUAACACUGAGAUCGAGGACACGGAGGUUGAUACACAGAUCGAGAGCGAGACAGAACCCGAGACGGAGAGCAGCGAGCAAGUCGACGGCGGCACGAAUAAUGACGGGAACGAGAGCAAGAAGAAACGAAAGAAGCGCGGCAAGAAGAACAAGGGCAGCAAGGCGAAGAAUACUACCAAGAUCGAGGGUGCUGGGGCAGGAGAUGGAAGCGGAGCAGCGAAGCCAACCAAUAUCGACCACAAAGAGAACGUCAAGCCCACCACCACUACAACUUCAACCGGCAAGCCAGGCUCCAAGCCAACUGCUGCAAGCAAGAAGACCACCGCAGAUCUCGCCGCCAACCUCCUGGGAAGUCUGGCAAAUGACCCGCUCUUGAAAGGUGUUCUCGCAGGCACAGCAACGCCGCCGAACUCGUCACUCUGGAGAGCCUUUACCCAGUCCAACCUGUACAACCCGUCCGGCAGUGGCCCCGCCUUGAACGCCAUGUUCGCCUCCCUCCGCCAGCCAGGCCGCACACCCGUUCUCAGCGCCCCAACCUCCAUCUGGGCCGGCGACGAACACCUCAAGCCCGAAGGCCGCCGCGACCCCAUCACAGGUGAGCAUCGUUCUGCAUGGCCCGAUAUGUCUGAGAUGAAGGCCGAAGGCCAGUACCGCAAGGAUGCAGGCAAGGAUAGGAGAUUGCCGUUGCCGAGAAUGGAUAUCAUGACCAAGGAGGCGGUUAUUCGCGAGGCGGGUGGACAGGAGGUUGUCGAUCAAUUGACUGACGAGGGCAGGGAUGCGGUUUGCAGGGAGCUGGGAAAGAAGACAGGGGAGGAGAUUGCGUGGAUGGAUUGUGAGCCUGUACGAUUUUCCGAUUUUGAUCGCUUGGAGAGUGUGUCGAAGGAACGCUGGGAGGAGAAUACGAGACGUAGGGAGGGGGAGCCGGUCUGUGGUCCCAGCGCCAGCGUGCAUGGUCAUGGUGCGCAGGGUGCGAUGGGUGCGAUGGGUGGCAGCAGGGGACAUGGCCUGAAUAUGGGUUUGCGUGGUGGUUUCAGCCAAUCUGGUGUUGGUGGACGGCAGACUGGACCACAGGCUCCUCUUCCUGAUCAACCAAAGGCGAAAGUCAUCAAUCCUGGGGCGAUCUGUUAUGGUGCUGAUGGUCCUGGUGAUGGAAAGGUUCCUCCGCCUGGUGGAUGGGUUUUCGAUGAGGAGUUUCUUAAGCAGAGGGGUGAUUGGGGUGAUUUGCUUGAGAACCAUCUGUGAUUUGGUGGGUGUCUGGCUGGCUUUGGCUGGAUUCCUGGGAUGGAGACCGCAUUUUCCUUGGUUACGUUCUCAUGAGGUGUUGCCUCCCCCUGUUUCUGGCUUCGGUUGGAUCGAUGUGAUGGAGACCCAUAUUUUCUCUCCCGAGUUUCCGGCUUCGUCUGGAUUGAUGUGAUCGAGACUCAGAUUUCCUUUGUUAUUUCCUCAGAGACGAAAAGGAGACACCAGAUUCUUCCAGAGGGCUGGAUAUUCAGCAUAAAAGCAGAUAGACAGCAAUGCAAUGAUGUAAGAAGAAGCAAUGCAAU